AUGCGUCACUCUGGACCCCGCCCUUUCGUACCCUUAACUGGUCGUAUUGACUUUCUGUUUUGCAGUGAUUUGACUGCUUGGACCAAACUAUGCGAUUUGACUCGGGCACACCGCGCCCUGCACCGCACUACCACUGGCUGUCCCCUUUAUCUUCAUCGCCAAAAGAGAAAACAGUCUAUUUCUUGCUGCGGUGUCGCUCGCGGUGUUGAAGAUGUCUGUUUUCUGUUCCGGGCCAGAGUCCGUUUAGUAAGCCUUUUCCCAACGGAUCAUUAUCGGGAUAACGCGACCGUUUUGUCGUGUAAGCUGUUGUUAUUAAGAAGCAACUGGCAAAGGGGGACCUCCUCUUUUUAGCACGGAGCUAUAUGGUAGUGAAACAGUGGCUUGGGAUGUGAAGUGAAUGGCAAUGCAUUUUGUUUUUUUGCCAGACCAAAGCGAGGAAGGACAGGAGAUGCCAUCUAGCUAGCAGUACGUUGUCUGGACCACGGCUAGGUUGCAACACAGACUAUUUAGUUGUCAACCCGUCAGUGGUUAUCCAUUGUUUUUAGACACUCUUCAGUUUGGAACCGGUGUCAUCUAACUAACACAGGAUGCCAAAAAGCGGCUACUGUGUUUGCUAAUUGUUAAACUCUCGUGUCCAGACAACAACAUUAAGUUUAUCUCGCACUCGAGGCUGACGUUAAGCUAAGCUAGCUGUGCUAGUCAGCUUCAACAGCACAACAACAAAAGCCAAAUGCCUAGCCCUUAUUCGCUGUCAUAAGAUCCUGUAUGGGCUGUUGUCUGUCCAGCUCUGAUACUCCAGUGUUAAUGAUAUGUUAAAGGUGCUUUUUUUGAACUGUAAAAUACAGCAUCGCAUAUAUAGUAUAUAAACGAGAGUGCUAACUAAUUAAUAAAGUAUGAUCACAGGGUUUAUUUAAGCAGCUAAGAAGCUCAGUUUUGGUGUUUGGCAUCCGCUAAACUGGUAAAUAAAAAUAAGGAAAAGUCAACAGCUCAGCCUGUUGUUGACAAUGGAGGUAAACACACAACAGAGAAUGACUCCUUUAGCUCGGGAACUGACGAGGAUAUUUAGCAGCUUCAACAAACACUCCCAUCAGUUGAAGAAGAACUUGAAAGAGACUAAUGCAUUCUUCCGAGAAGUAGGGCAGAGCUACAGUAACUCUUGUGCAGCAACCAUCAGCUCGGAUUCAGCUUCUCUGGAGGCAGGUCAGCUCAGCUGCAUUGCUUUCCCUAGCUAUGAGGAAGAGUUCCUACGCAACACAGUGGGUGCUGCCCCAUACAUCCUGAUACUGGGUCAGGACUGUGCUGCCCGCUACCAGCUGCUCAACUGCCUUCUGGGGGAGAGGCUGCUGCCCCUGGGGCCUGAGGCCGGUGAGGCUUGUGAAGGAGUCCAGGGCACUGUCUGCAAGAGGCGGAAGCUGUGUUUCACCCAUGGGAGACAGACACGGCUCAGUUUGGCGCUGCCCGGCCAGUAUGAGCUGGUGCACCAGUUGGCGGCUAACUGUGGUCGCUGGGAUACGGUUCCCCGGGAGGACCUGGAGAUCCAUGAGGAAUGUGAGGACCCAGCUCACAGGCUAGCAGAGCUGGAGAUCACCCUGCAUCACCCACUUCUACAGGAAGCAAAGGUCAUGGUGGUGCCUUGUUCAAGUGUCCAGCCCAUAGAAGAGGCACUGGAAGACUGCACUCGCAGUGUGAUCCCCAUCAUAUUAUAUGCUAUCAACCGGGCCUCCCUAAGCACAGAGCAGGUGGCUGACCUCUUGAAGGUCAAAGAGAUGCUCUCCUUUCCCAUCUGUUUUGUUCGUGUCCCUGCCACCAUGCAGGCAGCCUCCCCGGAAGCUGGCUGCCGUGUGGAGAAGGACAAGGAGAGGGACAAGAGCACCCUCCACGAGCAGUUGCUCUUCCUCGGUUUCCUAAGUAGCCCGACAGGAAACUGCUCCUGUGGCGCUCCUACACAGAUGCCCACCCCAGGUGCCAAGCCCCAGAGUAUGCUGGGAGAGGCAUUUGAAAGACUGCAUCGGUUGCUGGUUCCUUUUGCACGACAAGUGCUUCAAAAUGUGCAGGUGGAGGCUGCCACCCUACUUAAUGGAGUACACUGUCGCUGUCUAGACCUUUUCAUCAACCAGGCCUUUGACAUGCAGAGGGACCUGCAGAUAACUCCUCGCAGGCUGGAGUACACCCGUGAGAAAGAGGGUGAACUCUUCAACUCUCUUAUGGCCAUUGCUAACCGCAAACAGGAAGAGAUGAAGGAGAUGAUUGUGGAGACUCUAAGCAGCAUGAAAGAUCAGUUGCUGGAGGAUGCUGCAAACCUGGAGUUUACAGACAUCAUUGUAACAACUAAUGGAGAGCCUGUUAGUUCGAAGGACAUCAAAUCCUGUAUCCACCAGAUCCAGGAGCUGAUAGUGAUCCGUCUGAAUCAGGCCGUGGCAAAUAAGCUGAUAAGCUCUGUGGACUAUCUGAGGGAGAGCUUUGUAGGAACUCUGGAGCGAUGUCUCAACAGUCUGGAGAAAUCGAACAUUGAUUCUUCUGUCUACAAUAUUACUUCAAAUCACCUCAAACAGUUAUUAAAUGCUGCUUACCAUGUGGAGGUCACCUUUCAUUCAGGAUCUUCUGUCACACGACUUGUCUGGGAGCAAAUUAAACAGAUAAUCCAUAGGAUAACAUUUGUGAACCCUCCUGCCAUCACUACGGAGUGGAAGCGGAAAGUGGCCCAGGACGCCAUAGAAAGUCUCAGCGCUGCCAAACUGGCCCGAAGCAUCUGCUCCCAGUUCAGAACCCGCCUCAACAGUUCCCAUGAGGCCUUUGCAGCAUCGCUGCGACAGUUGGAGGAGGGGCAUACAGGGCGUCUGGAGCGCACCGAGGACCUGUGGCUGCGUGUGCGGAAGGACCACGCCCCUCGACUGGCCCGCCUGUCUCUGGAGAGCCGCUCCCUCAGGGAUGUGCUGCUGCACGGCAAGCCGAAGCUUGGUCGAGAGUUGGGUCGGGGCCAGUAUGGAGUUGUGUACUUCUGUGACAGCUGGGGAGGACACUACCCUUGUGCCUUAAAGUCUGUGGUACCGCCCGAUGAUAAACACUGGAAUGACCUGGCUUUAGAGUUUCACUACACAAGGUCUUUGUCCAAGCAUGAGCGUCUUGUUGACAUGCAUGGCUCAGUGAUUGAUCACACCUACGGAGAUGGCUCAAGCAUUGCUGUGCUGCUCAUCAUGGAGCGACUGCAUAGAGACCUCUACACAGGCUUGAAGGCUGGUUUAUUACUGAAGGAGAGACUUCAGAUUGCUCUCGAUGUGGUGGAGGGCAUCCGCUUCCUGCAUAAUCAGGGCCUGCUGCACAGAGACAUUAAGCUAAAAAACGUCCUGUUGGACAAACAAAAUCGUGCAAAGAUCACUGACCUGGGCUUUUGUAAACCAGAGGCCAUGAUGUCUGGUAGCAUUGUUGGAACCCCCAUCCACAUGGCUCCAGAGCUGUUUACAGGAAAGUAUGACAACUCUGUUGAUGUCUACGCCUUUGGGAUCCUCUUCUGGUAUCUCUGUACUGGUUCAGUAAAACUCCCAGAAGCCUUUGAGAAAUGCUGCAGCAAGGACCAGCUCUGGAAUAACGUUAAGAAAGGAUCCAGACCAGAGCGCCUACCCAGUUUUGAUGAGGAGUGCUGGCAGCUGAUGGAGGCCUGCUGGAAUGGGGACCCUUCGCAGAGGCCCCUGCUUGGUAUUGUGGAGCCCAGCCUGCAAAGCAUCAUGCACCGGCUCUGUGACUGUGAACAGAAAAGCGGCAGCCUCGAGGACUCCACCUGAAAACACUCCAGACAAACUAACACACGUGAGACAGGGAUUCUGAUCAGAAGAGUAUUUCUCUUAUAUUUAUGAAGAACGGAGCAGAACAGAGAACUUCUGUAGCACAGGACAAUGUUUGACUUGUCCUCCUUGUUCACAGUUGUUGGAUUUAGAUUAUUUAUGAGGAGCUGAUACAGACCACGUUUGCAAAUAUGCGUUUUAUUGGUUGUGCUAUGUAUUUGUAUACAUACUCUACAAUAUGCUUUUGCUGAGCUAAAUGUUGCUUUGUCAUAGAAUUGUUAGAAGAUUCAUAUUGUUUUAAAAAAGUAGUCCAUUCCCAGUAUUACAAAAAAAUACAUAUACAGUUUAAAAGAUUAAUUUUAGAUUGUAUUUAAACUGAACAUUUUUGCAUCUACACAAAUACUUUUUUAAAAUAAAAUUAUCUGUUAUAUCAAAUGUUAAAAGCUAUUGUUGGGUUAUUGAAGAUUUUUCAGCAGUGUUAGUCACAACUUAACUUGUUUCUCAAUGUGAAAGGUAUGAAAAGAUGACAUUUUUCAAGUUUUUCCCCAGUAAUUUCGUCAAAAUAAAAACUUUUGUGUGUGUGGUGGGGUGGACUUCUAUGUUUGGAAUUGGUCCUAAAUUACAAAAUCCUGGAAAUGUUACCUUGAAGAUGUUUCAGCUCACAGCACAAGAAGAAACACUACUUUGAGGUUGUUACUAUAAAAUGUGUGCAUGUAUAUGCUGGUAUAUUUGAUUUAGUCUCUGCGUCCGGCAUGUGUGCGAUGGCAAAGCUGGAGAAUCUGAAAUCCCCUAAAGUGUAAGUGCCUUUUUUUUUU